AUGAGAGCAAAGCGAUCGAAAAAGUAUCGCAAGCUAAUGCACCAAUAUGAGACUACCUUUGGCUUCCGUGAGCCCUAUCAAGUCUUAGUUGAUUCGCACUUCUUACAAUCCGUGUAUGCCUUCAAGAUGGAUCUACUACCAGCCCUGGAACGCACAGUACAAGGAAAAGUAAAACCUUUUAUUACAAAAUGCUCCCUUGCUGCAGUGAUGGCUGCCUCGACAUCCUCCUCCCAUUCUUCUUCUUCCACUCCGCAAUCGAGGCCGCCACCGCAGAGACGACCUGCUCAACUUCCUCCGCCGACAGUUCUUCCCCUCCGUUACUGCUCCCAUAACGAAGAUGACACACCAAUCGACGAAACUGCCUGCCUACUUUCUCUACUGUCGCCUAGCCAAGACUCGAAGAAGAACAAGGAGCAUUAUAUUUUGGCUUCAGCAGACCCCGUCCCGCCGCGUGAGGAUGGAAAGCGAAAAUCUACGAAACCUCCGCCGAGAUAUAAUCUGAGAAGAGAUGCGCGGCUCAUACCGGGUGUUCCGAUAAUAUAUGUGAAGCGAUCGGUUAUGAUAUUAGAACCUAUGAGUGGGUCAUCGGAGGGAGUGCGGGAUGGUGUUGAGAGAGGGAAAUUCAAGACUGGAUUAGUUUCUACAGUAGCGAAGCGGAAGCGCGAGGAUGAUGGAGAUACAGAAACAAAACCAAAGAAAGCGAAGAAAGUGAAGGGGCCGAACCCCCUCAGCGUGAAGAAGCCGAAGAAACGGGAGGAUCCUGCGUCGCAAGAAAAGAUGGAGAAAGAAUCACCAGAGAAAGCGGUAGCCCCGGUGAAGGGCGUUGAUAAUGACCAUUCGGACAAUGAUCAUGCCGCGCCGACGAAAACAAAGAGGAAGCGGAAGCAUAAGCAUAAACCGCUUCAGGAGGGCGAAAUAAAACCUGGUGUUUUGAUAGCGGCUGAAACUUGA